UGGAAGUUGUUCGCGCAGUUAUAAUUAGCCCGGCCGGGGUCUGAGCGAACCGGGCGGAGGAAGGGGGAGGAGUGUAACUUUUCGCAGCUCGGGAAGCCCAAGGUUGUCUCUGGUUACCGCUGCCCACGGCCGCGGGGGGGGCGGGACGCCCGCAGGAAGCACCGACGCUCCUUCGACAAAGGCCAAAUGGUGGCAGGAGCCGCGGGAGCGGCUGCGGGAGGGCGGCAGGAAAGGGCUUUCCCUGAAUCCCAGCGGCUCCAUCCUGGCGCUCCUGGUCGCUGCCGCUUGGUAGCUGCGACUUAAUGUAUCAGCUUUUUAAUAGCAGGUUUCGUUUGGCUUAGGAAACGUUUGUUAGUCUGGGCUACGAGCAGGUGGAUAGGACUGGAGGAGCCUAAGAUGGGUCUUUAUGCAUAUUGCAGAUUAAGCUCGCAAAUAGGUGCAGUUAAUAAUUUCUGCCCUAGUUAGGCCUGGAAUUUUUCAAACGGUGUUGGAACGCUCAUUUCUAAAAGCAUAGGUAGGAGGCUUAUGCAGUAAUUUUCCACUUUAUUUUUGAUGUGGCUAAAAUUCCAUAGUUCAUGCAGUUAACUGCAGUGUGGGAAAUACCAUUAACAUUGAAAUGAUGCUGUAAUCUCAAAAUUCUAAAGUGACCCCCAAACACGUACUAGGAAGGGAAGACAAAAAGUAAUCUACUAGAGAUAAAAUUCAUAGUGAUUUGCAGCUACCCUGUGUCUUCCAUAGUUGUUUUUUUUUCCCUAACAGAUUGUAAAAACUAAACCUAAUAGCGUUACUUCUGUACUUCUUCCUGACACUCAACCCAGUUUGAAAUCAUACAGGGCAAAAGUCAAAACCUCCACAGUUACUUCUGCAGGAUUCCUUUGAAGUGUCUAAUAAAGAAAUUAAAUUUGAAAACUUCUUGACUUCAUCUCCUUCUAGCAAAAUGUUGGACAUCUAAAACACAAGUAACAGUACUAUUUUUUUAUCCAGUGGUUCUAAUUUGGUUGGGUUCGGGGUGUUUUACUUAAGGUGCUAAAAUCUAAAACUUUUCAAUAUUUUACUAUGCUUGUUAGGUUUGUGAAGUUGUUUUAGCAUUAAAGAAUCCUAAAAGUCUAAAACAUGUGUUUUUAUAUUCAGUGUAUAGAAAAUGCAGUGCCUGCACACAUCUCCCUGUGACCUAACAAGUACACUUUAAUGAACCUCGAUAGUGACCAUCUGAAGUCUGCUGUUUCAGAGCAAAUAGUUCCGAGGUUCUGUAAGCGGAGGAGCCCUUGGGUAGCAUCAGGCUAUGAGUUGCUAUGUAAGAUGAACUGUAGGCGUUUACUUGCCCGUCUGUCUGAAUGUAAGACUGCCUUUCACUAUGUAUUAUUUUAAGAUUGUGAAUGAUUUUGUAUGAACUCUUGAUUUGUGAUCACAGAGGCCUGUGUUUAUGCAGACAGUACUGAUCCCUGCUCCUGCGGUGCAUUUGGGAGGCGGCUUGCCAUAGCUGGGUCAGGUGUCUGUGUGUGUGAUGUGCACAAACAGGCAUGUCACAUCCAGUCCUGGCUGCAGGCUGUUAGCCCCUGCAAGGGCUUUAAUUCUUGGGAUUCCUAACUGUCUGAUUCUCCAGGUGGAGGUGAGACCUCAAGAGCAUGGAUCGUGCUAUUCCCUCCACAUUUCCUAGCCUAGUCCAUAGUUUACUGUCACUUCAGCCUUUUCACAUUUCCCAGUUUCCAAUGCCUUGAGCUAAUCCAUGAUUUAAUCCCAUGUGGUCUCUAGCCAUACUGCAGAUGUUGCUGUAUCAGGAGUUUGAUGGUAAUGGUGCCACACUGAACAUUAGACAGAAUCGUAAGAUACCUGGUCAAUUGUUUUCUCGUUUUGUGUACGCUGAGAAAGAGGAAAGUUGGGGAAUUAAAUAAAAAUCAAACUGCUUUUGCAGCCUAUAAGCGUUAGGGGAUAAUUCUGAAAUGUAGUUCUUCACAAUGCAUGGUAUACUCUCUCCUGAUUAUGUAAUUUUGGAGAUGAUUACAAUUAUAAAUUGGCAUUCGAUAACCUGGGGAAGUAGCAGUGUAAGUCCUUGUCCUAAAGCCUAACUCUUAGAGGAUCAGCAUUCUGUAAUACUCAUUUAUGAAAGAUAAUUUCCACAUAUUAUGUGUUCACAGGUGAAACUGUUAGGUCCUCUUAUUUCAGUGUAUUCAUGAAUUUUAGGGGGGUUUACCCAUAUUUAUCUGCUUUAAUAGAAUUUAACACAAAUCAUUUUAGAAGUUGUAUUUAAUUGUGUGCUUAAUGCUUCUGGUUUUUAAAAAAAUAAAACCCAUCACAUUAUAAUUAAAUACUCUGGUUUUGUUUUGUUUUUCCUCUUAAGUCACAUCAUCCUACCUCUGUGGAUGGCUUGGCCUCUGGGAUAGUUCAAGACUCUUGGAUGACCACGCUUUAUGCAAAAUCCAGAAUCUUCCUGCCUGGACUCCUUUCUGUUUUCUAAGGGUUCAUGUUGGGGAGAGGCCUAAAGCGCAAGCUGAGUGACUAUGAGGAGAACAUGGCUGGUCUCUCGAGUGCCUUUGAUUCCAGUCGAAGUCUGCCCUACCCACUCAAGAGGCAGCUGGUGCUCAACAUGUGCCUCACCAAGUUACAGACGUACAAAAUGCUGGUGGAGCCCAACCUGCACCGCUCCGUCCUCAUCGCCAACACCGUGCGGCAGAUUCAGGAGGAGAUGAGACAGGAGAGCAGCCAGCAGCCAGUGAGCAUCUGCCCUGGCAUUGCUCCUGCUGCUCACAGCUACACGGGGAUGGAGUCACCUGGGAUUCCCCUUCAGUUGCCUUCAGGUGUCGGUCAGCAAGAGUCUCACUGCUGUGACCUGCGGUCUGCAGAGGACCCGAUUGAAAACAGCCUGCUGAUCGUUUCGGACGACGACAUGUCAUCUGCUAUUUCAUCUAUUCUGAAGGAUUUAGACUUUGUAGAAGAUAUAAGCCCACCUACUUGUCUUGUUCCUACUGGAGAUGACCAGCCAAAGUUUCCAGAAAAUACUGGUCUGAAACUAGAAGAUGAUAGACAGGAUUUGAAGGGAGCUGAAUGUGUGUUUGGUUCCUUUGAGAUUUCAAAUUCAACCAGUUACUUGAAGGAUUUGGCAAUAGAUGACAUUUUUGAAGAUAUUGACACUUCAAUGUAUGAUUCAGACUUCUGUUGCCCUCCCCUGACGCCGCCCAGAUCACCAUCUCUCGCUACAGAAGAACCGUUGAAAACCUUCCCAUCUUGUAAUUCUUCUUCAGCAAACAACAUUCAGAUAUGUCGAACAGAUCUGAGUGAGCUGGACCACAUCAUGGAAAUUCUCGUUGGAUCCUGAUACUUGUUUUACCCAAAGAUACUUUUAAACUGCCACUUUUGUUUGGUUUCAGGAUAAAAGCCACUGGAAUAGUUGUAAAGAGUUCUUUAAAAAGCAAACUAAAUAAUAAUUUGUCCGUAAUAGGAUUUUCUAAAUAAUUCCAAAACUUAUAAACCAAAAAAGUGGCAGAUUUUUUUUUUUUAAAAAUUAUUUAUCAGAACUGUGCAAUCAUCAUUUUCCUUCCAGGGUGUAUGUGGAACAAUGGGCACAUACCCUUAUCACCCCUCAUGCCUCUUUCAAUAAACUUUUUUAUGUGCAAUUUUUAAUUUGACAGAAGAAUUUACAUGCAAAGCAAAUUUCAUAUGAGGUGAUCUUUUACAAUGCCUCCACUUUAUUUUUAAUAUCAGAGUUUAUGCCAAGCUGGCAUCUGUCAAGUUGCAAGAGUUAGAUUGUGUGGAUUGCAGACACAUUACUAGAGAUGGGUAUAUUUUAAAAAUGAGACACGCUUUGCUUUCUUUUGGUCAGAAAAGCAGAUCAAGACACGUACCAACAAAGUCUCUUGCAUUUUCUAAAGCAUUCAGAACUAUUUAUUUUUGUAAAUUUUAUAGUCUUUCUACAUUUUACUAUGUUAUUUCAUCAUAGUUCAAAUAUAAUGGACUUCUAGUUGGAUGUGUUUAGCACUACCUCUGAGCUGAAAUGCUUUAACUCUUUCCAGUGCUUCAUCUGAGACUGCAAAUCUUUUUAUUUCUGUUUCUUUCUGGGGGAAAGUACUUCUAACUCAUUAAGUUGAUCCUUUGACAGUGACCUAGCUGAUUUGUGAAAUCAAGGGUAUUCAAUGUUUAAAAACGUUUAAGUAUUUACAGAUUAAUUUAUAUGUAGAUUGUGCAAUUUAACAUUUUUCUGUCAGUAUUAUGUGCUUAGAUUUUGAAUAAUCUUGGCAUUCUUUAAAUUAAAACUUACUAUGUACAGGUAGCUUUUUAUUCUCUUUUGGAAAACACUGUCCUGCAACCCUGCUUUCACUACAAAUUUUAAGAUGAUUUUUAUGUGCAAUAUUAUUUAAAAAGAUACACAUUUGUAUACCUGGCAUUGUGGGAAGAAAUGCUUCAAGCUUAAAACCUCUAGCACCUUUGGAGGAUACUCGGUCAACAUUUCUGCAUCCUUUCAGAAGCUGGGCUGAGAACAGUGAGACCACAUCACCCACUGCUGUGCCAGCCCCUGGAGCUCCCGUGGGGCUGUGCCCAGUCACUGCUGCUGCCUCUGUCCCUCCCAGGGUGUCCUGGGUGGGGCAGGGCUCUUGUUAUACAGAUACACGAACACCCUGCUCAGCUGGAGAUGAGAUUUGCAGUGAGAACUGGUUUUCCAUCAGGCAGUUUGGGUUCUGUGUUUCAGCCCGAACCGAGGUCUAGAUCGAUCCCUGCUAUCGUCUUCUGAGUUUCACACUUGCACAUUGCUUUUUGGUUUGGGUUUUGUUAUGUUUUUUUCCUCCUUUUUUAAUUAUAAGACUUUUACUUUGUUCUUGAAAGCUGCAGCACCUGUCUUGGAAACUUGCAGUUGUAAAACCUUUGCUUUGGUUUGUUGUAUUUUUUGGUUUUUUGUUGUUCUGCUGAGACUUUUUAUGAAGGGAGCGUCGGCAGAGGGGAAAAAUGUUGCCUGUGUGUUGCAUCUCACAGAAGUUGAAAUCCUGGCCCUGUUGAAGGGGCCAGGGUGUCACCUGGUAUUUCUAGUCUUAACUGAUGCUGUGGCACACCUGCCUUGUGCAGAGAUCUCCAUUUUUUACUGUGACUCUCUUGGUUAACAGUUAGCUGCCGACAUAAUUUGGUAUCCCAGGCCAAUGGAGAACCAUUUCAGGUCACAUCCUCACAGCCAUCUGGGUUGUUUAGCAACCCAAGGGUAUAAAUGUAUUUAUAUGCAUAUAUUGUAUUGAUUCUAAUAUAAAACUUCUGAUCUAAAGCAUUUUGAAUUGCUGGAUAAAGGGAUUUGUUUGAAGAGUGUAUAACUAGUUCUUGAAGAGGUACAGCUUCAGAAUGUACACAGAUUGUGCAUUGUGUAUAGACUACUCUGGCUUUUCCUCAGCCUCUACUUUUGUAUUAAAAAUAUGACUGAAUAAAUCUUUGAAAUAUUAAGGGCCUUCUGCACUGUGAUGAAACAGAGAUGCGGUUAAAAAUGUCUUUAAAUUCAGUGAUGAGGGAUAACAUAAAAAGACUGCAUCUAAUCUCUUCUUGCAUUUGAAAAUAUGGAAUGUUACUAUGCAGUAAAGAUAUUUUGAUAUGGAAAUCGUACCAUAUAGCAAAUAGUGAACUUAAUAAAUCCACUUAUCUUGCAGUCUCUACAGAAACAGAAGACAACUUUUCAACAUUUAUGUACUAAAGUUUUUUGUAUACUGCAGCAAAAGAUUUAAUUGUUGGUAGAUCUUUUAUCAACAAUUCAAAAUGCAAUUUUUGUACAAGUCCUGGCUACAGAGCUCUGUUUCUAAUUGGUUGCUUGUGUCACAGUGCCAAGACCAUGAGCUGGUGUGUAAUGCAGUUCGGUUAUGUUUGGAAUUAUGUGCAAAGGGAAGUUUAAUUUUUAAAUAUGCACAAACUAAUUUUAAAAUCCUUCCAUGUAAAAUGAAGUUAGAGGCUAGUUGUGGUGGACCUAUUUAUUGUAUGUUUGGAAAUAAAAGCCACAGUUUUGCAUU